UCUUUCUCCGGACAUCGAGAAUUGCGCCGCUCCAGCAUCCACAUGGUUCCUAGCCUUGGCGAACUGCGAAUGUAUCGACAGCAGCGUGGAUCUGAUGAGAAGAAUUGACGAUGGCGAUGGAACACAGGAUCGAAGGAGGAAAUUCAAACGCGUCGAGAAUCCACUCCGACUUCGUUUCGUGUGUGCAACACAAUCUUCGUCUUAGUGAGUUUUCAUGGCCCUCAACCCGAUCGCGUGCGACAAUUGCCGGUCGAAGAAAUGCAGAUGUGACCGGCGAGUCCCCUCAUGUUCGCAAUGCCGCGCUUCGUCGUUGAUCUGCCGGUAUCAGGAGGGUGGAAAGCGAGGACUCCCAAUCGCAUACAUCAACAGCCUUGAGAGGCGGCUACGAGAGACGGAGUCAGCACUGUAUGCAACCAUGCUCGCGCUCGACGAGCAUGACAACAUCAAAGCCAGUAAUAUAGGUCUCUUAAAAGCCCCACGAGAGCUCUCAAAGGCCGAGAGGCAGGACGACUGGAAGCGACUGCCGCUUCAGACGCCUGAACAGCUCGCUAUCUGGUUUCAGGAAAAGCAACAGCAAGCAGUCCCCUCUGAGCCCGAUUUGCCGCACAUCCCGUUCCCAGGAGUGCCAAAUCUUCAACCAGUUGAGUCUCAAUCCGGAGAGGGCCCUCGAAUGGCCCUGCCAAUGCCACAUACUCCUGGUACUGACAACACCCACUCGCCCGUGUACUCUGAAUCUGCCUCAUCGAUCCUGUCGAAGAGCAUGACUGAGCAGCUCAGAGGCAUCGAAACACCACAAGCACCGAGCACCUCAGCGAUACCUUUCAAAUCAACCAGCUGGCACAACUACUUCUGAGCUGCGAUCAUGACAUCACGGCUCAGUAGCUCAACGAGAAAACGCGUGCUCUUGUAAAUGACAAGCUCCUGCCAAUACUUUGAAAAAGUUUUUUUGCUCCAAACUUUGAUGGUGCAGCGACUCUCAUCACCA